AAAGAGUCUCUCUCGCACCAAUCGGCAGCUCGUUUCCCCACCCCCGCCGCCGCGCCGCCAUGCUCCGGCUUCGGCGCUGCGUCCUCACCCAGCUCCUCUCGUCUCGGUCCGCCUCUCCCGUCUCCCAGCUCCGCCGCCUCAUCUCUGCCGCCGCGCCCGUCGUCUCCCCGAACCCUAGCUUCGCGGUGGAGAACUACCUCGUCGACACCUGCGGCCUCACCGGGGCCCAGGCGCUCAAGGCCUCCGCCAAGCUCAACCACCUCAGGUCCCCCUCUAAUCCCGACGCCGUCCUCGCCUUCCUCGCCGGCCUCGGCCUCUCCAGCGCUCACAUCGCCGCCCUCGUCGCCAAGGACCCCAAGUUCCUCUGCGCCGGCGUAGAGAGGACCCUGGCCCCCGUCGUCGUCGGGCUCACCGGCCUCGGCCUCUCGCAUCCUGAGAUCGCGCGCCUCGUCUCGCUCGGCGGCGCCCAGUUCCGUUGUAGAUCCAUCGUCUCCAGCCUACAGUACUACCUGCACCUCUUCGGCUCCGCCGAGAAGCUCUUCCGGGCGCUCAAGUAUGGCUCCUGCCUUCUCUCGUCCGACCUUGAGCUUGUGAUCAAGCCCAACGUCGCGUUCCUGGAGGAGUGCGGGCUGGGCGCUUGCGAUAUUGCCAAGCUGUGCACCUACGCGCCAUGGUUGCUUAGCACCAAGCUGGAGCGUCUCCAGGCAAUGGUUGCAUGCGCCGAAGGUAUAGGCGUGCCUCGGGGCUCUGGGAUGUUCAGGCAGGCGCUGCAGGUCGCAUUCUACGGCGAGGAGAAUAUCACAGCCAAAGUGGACCACUUGAAGAACAUGUUCAGGUGGUCGGAUGCUGAGGUGCGCAUUGCUGUUUCCAAAGCUCCAAUGGUGCUGACUUUGUCCAAGGACCUGCUGCAGAGGAAGUCAGAGUUCCUGGUCUCUGAAGUUGGGUUGGAACCGGCAUACAUGGCUCAUCGGUUGACAUUGCUCACUUGCAGCCUAGAGGGCCGGCUAAGGCCCUGGUACUAUGCUGUAAAGUUUCUUAAGGAAAAUGGAUUGCUAGAUCAUGGACGAGACUACUAUGCUGCAGUCGUGCUGCGCGAGAAGGUAUUCAUGGAGAAGUUCAUAUGCCCUCACAAGAAAGCUGCACCGCAACUCGCCGAAGACUAUGCAGCAGCUUGCAGAGGGGAAGUGCCGGCUAGAUUCAGAUUUACAUGAACAAGACCAGUAUGAAAUUUCGUAACAUUUUCGCUCUUUGUGUGAGAUUCAAGAAAAACAUGCAACACAUGUGGUGGCUUCCAUGAGCUAAGCUGGACUGUCGAAGACUCGAAGUAAUUGUUCUUUAGGGUGACGGCGUGUCCUUGAUGGUGGCGCGGAUAACGAAGAGAUCGCCGCCUCCCUGGGGAUGAUCAGGAGACAACGCAGCAGCAGCAGCAGCAGAGGGGAAGCUGCAAUAAUCCUGCCCUGCAAACUCAGCAGCACAUGUUCCCAGCCCUCUAUAUUUACACAUACGCCUACUAAAAUUUUAUCAGCAACGAUGUACUAGUAUUGUUCUGUUUCCAGAGCAAACUCCCCAAGGUUUAUUUAGAUCAGCUGAGGAGGCUAAUAUACUGACUGCAUAUUUGGACAGUGAUGGUCCAUCAUUCAGGGAAAAGUCAGACAUCUGCAAGUUCAUGAUUGUGGACUUUACACAGAGAAGAGAGCCUGCCUACUAUUCAUACAUGCAAAUAAUAACGCAGUGAUGGAGCUACAAGUUAAGUCGUACCGAAGCUAAAAAACUGGGGUUUGAAUGAACAUGACAGGUAUAUGGUGCCACGAACAGGGAAUUGGAGUCAGUUCAACUACAUAGAUAACCAGAUUAUGAGCAGUUAUGACAAGAUAGUGCAGAUCUAACGAGACAUUCUUGUUCCCAAAGAGCAGCAGCAAAGGGGAAGUUCCGCAGAAACAACGGAGAACCAGCUCAAAUUUCCUGACAGUCAAGUGCGCCGCACACACACACGGUAACUACAGCAGGAGCCUUUGUUACAUGCCCAACAUUGCUCUUGUACGCUCCAUGGCCCUCUUCUCUUAAUUGUGCACAAUAAACAUUUCCCUUCUUUUGUGGAGAUCUUCAUCCACAUCCAACUUCCAUUUUACAUUUUAACUGAAAAUAUUUUGGUCCUGCCACUUGCUCAUUGUAGUACAAAACACUAGCUCAACUUUAGAGUGGAACCAAUUUGUGGACAUCUUGAUGCACAA